AAACAAUAUUUUUAUUAAAAAAGUUAAAAAGAUACAAAAAAUUAUAAUUAAAUAUUAUUCAAGAAAAAAACAUUUAUAUAAAUAUAUUUUCUAAAUUAGUUCUAAGAUAUGAGUGUUUUAAAAAAUUUAACACGAAAUGUUUAGAACACGGGAUUAUACUUAUGAGAGAGUGGCUCGAGAAUGGGCUUCGAGAUAGGUCGAAUGAGUUCUGAAAAUAGCUUCUUUUUUUUUAAUUCAAGUCUAGUCUGGAUGACAUGACAUCUUGGUUGGUUGACAAUAUUUUAUCCAUGUGACAUGACUUAGAAAAGAGGAAUUUAGUCCAUUUUAUAUAGUAGGAUAAACUGAUAUUACAUUUAUAUAAUUAAAUCUUGGUUUACGUUCUUUAGACCUUUUUCCACGCUCCUUUUAAGAUCUUAGCUUCCCACGAGAAGUGAUCGAGUCCGUGAUUGAUGACUAUCCUUGGAAUUAUUUUCAUAUCCAUAAAGUUGUCCUGUUAUGGCAUAGAUUAAGAGUCGUUAGCACUUAGCAGACACAAUAAUAAUGAAACUGAUAAGUAAAUAUAAAAUAGUGAUAAGUUAGCUCAAUCAAAAAUAUUUAAAAAUAUGUUUUUAAUGUGAAAAAUGUAUUGACGCGGGUACAAGGUUGCGACUUGCGGGUCGAUUUGGCGUGUAGUAAAAAUAGUGUAACCCGUGAAUCUGCUCCUUUAAUUUAAGAUUUUUUUUUUUGUUUUGUCUUUUCAAAUGAGAGUGUGAUAAUGUCACGUAUAGGAAGAAUGAACCGUAUAUGAGUGGGAAUUAUAUUGUAUAUAUACAAUGAUCACAAUUCACGUACAUGGAUCGCAUGUGAGCAGACCAUUGUUAAUUUGUGCUGAAACCAAGGGCCAGAAUAUAAGUUAUUAAUCAAAUCCAAAAUUGUCGAGAUUAACUUCAUUUCCAAAUCAGCGUGAUGAAGACAGCCCAUCCAAAGCAAAGAACUAAAGCCGAAUCAAGUUUCAUUCGAAGUAGAAUAUACCAAGCUUUGUUCUAAUAAGAUGUUUCAAUUAGUUGAACCAGCUCUAGCGGAAUUGGUAUCUGAAGAUGUUGAAAUUCCCCUUUAUCUUUAUAUGAGCUAACAAAAAGGCAGUUUUCUUUUUUUUUUUUUUUUUAACAUAAGAGAAACCAAAAGAAAAGAAACAAGAUCAAAUUUGCUUAGAAGCAUAAGAGAAGACAAGUGAAAGUCAAAGACAAUAUGAAAGGAUCCAAUUCCUACUACCAUCAAUCCAUCCACAAUCAAAUGUAAGAAAUUUAAGUUACACACUGCAUCAAUUCAUUAUAUUUUGAAAACCUCUUUGAUUUUUUGUCUUUGUAAAUUUUGUACUCAAAUCACUUUGUAAUAAACUAGAUUGUUGCUUUCAUUAUGUUUUGAUUUUCUAAGUUUGAAAAUUCAGCCAAAGGUCAUUGCAUAAAAAUCAUUAUAUAAGGUCCAUUUGUAACCAUGUAGAUUUUUACAUAAUCAAAUUAACUUUUUAUCGUUCUUUUUUUGAAAAAGAAAUUAAAUUGUUUUCUUCAACUUGAGUUCUCUGACAAACUUGAAUUCAUACGUAUACUUAAUUGGGACAUUACUACCUUGACUAGAAAAACUAACGUUUUAUUAAAAAUCUUUCACAACUUGCGUGAUAUACAACAAUAUAUCCACCCAUCAUCCUCAAUGCUUCCAAAAAAAUCCAGCUCAAUUUGUUAGAGAAGCUCGGCCAUUUUGAACCACUCAUCAAAUAGAGCAACCAACAUUUUAUUCCAUCAAUUCUACAUGCCUUGAGACAGUCUUAUGUUCAUAUCUUUCACAUAUUGCAUUUACCAUAAUAAUUCGAUGUCAUUUAUUUCACAUAUUAAAUAUAAUAAUUUUACGUGUUUAAAUGAAAUUGCUCCAAUAAUGACAAGAAUCAAAUCUAUUAACGAUUUUUUUUUUACAUAAUCAAUUAGAUAUGAGCAUUCACGUAUACGUUCGGAUACAUAUUGAUUUUUAUGGGAAUCGAGUUUUUGGAUUUUAAAUUAAACUAUAUUUGGAUAUUACAAAAUUUUCGGACAUUGUUCAAUUUGGAUACUUUCGGUCCGGGUAAGUUUGUAUGACACUAAAAAUAUCUAAAUAACAUAUAUGCUUAAAAAUCUAUACUAUAUUAAAAGGGAUAUAUGAGGAGUAGGGAGGGUGUCCACGUCAGACAAAAAAAUCAACCAAUCAGGUUGCAAUGUUUUGCCACGUAAGCUCUUUGUUGCCCGUGUUAUUCUUUGGCGUUUUCGUUUGGGCUUUGCGUUUUUCUCCUUUGAUCUGCUGUGUAUACGUUUGGGCCAUGGAGCCCAUCAGACUUUAGAGACGGAAAUCUGAUACCUAGCCGAGUAUGUAUGCUGAGAUCUCGCCCUUUCUCAUUUCUUCAAACCCUAACUCUUCGACAUCCCCUUUGCUCUUCCUCUUAUUUGUUCCGUUUCACGUCUGAUUCUCCAGUGCUGCCAUGAUCACGGAGUCAACUUCUUCGACAACGCCGAGGUUUACGCCAAUGGCCGAGCUGAGAAGAUCAUGGGUCUGGCGAUUCGCGAGCUGGACUGGCGGAGAUCCGACAUCGUGGUCUCCACCAAGAUCUUCUGGGGUGGUCCUGGUCCUAACGAUAAAGGUUUCUCGAGGAAACAUAUCAUCGAAGGAACCAAAGCUUCUCUCAAAAGACUCGAUAUGGACUAUGUAGAUGUCCUCUAUUGCCACAGCUUCAACAGUUUCGUCAAAAGAAGGCUGACAAAAACACUGAUCAUAAAAAGGACCCCAAGGGCAGUACAAGCCAAGGAAAUCCUCCAAAAAAUCUGGUAAGAAGCAUGAGCCUAAACCUGACACUGGUGGUGUCAGUGACGAGGCAGAAGCUCCGUCUGAUGUGGCUGUAGGAGGAGCUUCAUCUCAUGUGAAUAUUGGUGAGGAGGUUGUUGAUCCUCCACCGACUUCUGUAAAUGCAGCAGCUAACAGUGAUGUUUCAGUUGACACGCUUCAGCCAGGAAACACCACAGCAACUUCUGAUAGUGGAGAUGAACCGAGAAAAAAAGUUGCGAAUUCCGAAAAUGAUAUCAGCGUAGCAUUGUCCACGGAAGAAGAGAAUGUGAAGAGUAUCGACAUUGGAGCGGCUGGCGCAGUAGAUUCUUUGACGUCUGACCCUGCAGAUACCGAGAAGGGAGUUACACAUGACGAUGCAGAGGAGUCCCUUCUGGCCGUACGAUCUGAGUUACAAAAGAGAUCUAAUGAACUUGAACAAUCAGAACAGAGGUUAUUAUCUACUAGAGAGAAGCUUAGCAUAGCUGUUGUCACGUGUUAGCUCUGUUUGUUCUCAUAUGCAUUUUAAGACUCAGAGACAGAGAGAGCAUUAUCUGUUGUGUUUUAGUUUUUGUUGUUUCCACUUUAUAAAUACAAGUAUAAUGUUUUUGAAACUUAAAAGUUGGCUUUUAUAGUUGUUGUCAAGAGGUCAGUAGUAAUGUAGUAUAUUGAAAAGCUCAUUUAAACGAUUGUUAACUGUGUUAAAAAAACAGUUGUUAAUUAUCAUACAAGUUUUUAUUUUAUAAAAACAGAGGAAGUGAAGAUAUACUAAUUUAAAGAUUUGAUGAAAAGUAUAUAAUGCUGAUCGUGCACAUCAUAAUGUCAGCACCAUCCUAAGUCUAAUGUUUAGUCUACCUGUUGGCAAUUGUUUAGUUCCAAUUAUUUAGUUUCUUCUUAAAACAUACAUGCACGUACAUUUCUGAUUUUUUUGUUUGAAAAGACAUUUCUGAUUUUUUUUACAUAGAUAUCCUAUACAACUUCGAUUUUCUUUUGGGGUAAGAUUCAUUUUUCACCGUCAUUUUAAACUAAUUUUGGAUAUUCUAUUUUAUUUAGUUAAAUCAGAAAACAAUUUUUUUUAGAAUUGUCUAAAGAAAGUAAGAAAUAGAGAAAAACGUUCCUAGGCAAUUUUAUGAAUUUACUAUUUGAGAAAACAAAAGAAGUAAAUCCGGAUUUAUAAUUAUUAGUAGAUAGAUCAUCUCAAGAGUACAAGUGAAACGAAUAAAAUCAAAAAAAUUAUUAAUAAUCUUAAUUGAAAAAAAUAAUAAUUAGAGAAUUUUCGAAAGGAGAGUUAGUUAUUGGAAUUUGUCUUUCACCAUCCACCCGCGUUUAUUUUUGAGAACGCUUCUCAGCGUCUCUCUCCUCUCAUCCCAAAAAAGUCUAAAGGUAAGUGUUUUAUAUUUAACAUAUUGUUCAUACAAUUAUUUUUAAAUAUUCAGGUGCAUGAAAAUUGGAACUCGCUUCUUCACUAGCAACCAAAUUUUACUUUGACAGCUCAGUCAAAUACAUCAAACAUUUUAAAGAACGAAUACCAUAUUAACUACAGAAUUAGCUGAGAUACAAAGAAACUCCAACACAACCAAAGUUAUAGAGUGAAAAAAAGACUGCACCCUGUUUCUAUUCUUUUUCUUAUGUCCUACCAAGUAUUACAUUUUGUUUGACUCGACUGUAAUAAAAGAAACAAAAUAUUUUUCCAUCUGUCUUUUUCCUUUAAACUAAUUUAUUAUUUUCUAUUUUUUGACAAUUUUAUCUAUCCACCUAUGGAAAAAAUUAUAUAAAAUGUCAACAUCCAAAUCAAAACAUAAUUGGACUUAGCAAAUAAAUUCUUAAUAUUAGUAAAAGAGGCUAUCGAAUAAUAUAUUCAAACUCAUUUUCCGCGCGUAGCGCGGACAAAGACUCUAGUGUUAUUAAUGAAUUUAUAAAAAUGAAAAAAAUCAAUCCCCACGGGCGUGCGGUUUAAACCCUAGUAUGUUUUAAAAUAGAGUUUCAACAGUGAAGAUAUCAGAGAAGAAGUGAGGUCCUUAAGACACGAGUUAUGCUUUUAAUUGCCUCGAGGAGAACAAGAACCAAGAACAACUAACCCAUCUCGAAUGUUUGUGUUAGAAUACAGGAAAAAAUUUGUUCACAACAACAAACCGGAUCGAUACCAAGGUAAGUUUGGAUUCAUGUCAAUGAACGAUCAGCCUCAAAUCCUUUGGACGAUGAUUUUCCGCUAUCAUAAGAUGAACUAGAUCACCCCUAUCAACUAAAAAGUAUAAAGGAGAUUUUUUUCCACAAGCUGAACAUAGAGAGGAAGAAGAUAAUAAAUAUAAACCAUCACCUUGAGAAAAAUAUAUCCACAUCAACCUAACAACUCCACAUUUCAAAAGAAAAUGUCCAUCCAUAAGCAUACUUCGAUUGAAAUAGAGGAUGGACCACAUCUUUGUUUACUACAAAAUUCUUUGACCAAAGGAGUUGCACUAACUACAUCCCAUCUUAAAAGGAUAGAAUGAUCCUAGACCAAAAUAGAAACCUUUUGCGAGCCAUUGAAUCUUGUAUUGAUAUGAAACACUAGGCCUGGGCGUAUUAUACUGAACCCGAAGCCCACACCCUAGUCCGAACCGAACUCGUGGGUCCGGAUCGGUAACGGAUCCGUUAAAAAUACCGAAUGGGUUUUAAGGCCCAACAUUUUGGACUACGGAUCGGGACCGGUUGUAAACCGAUAUCCAUAGUAGGUAACCGUUUAAACCGAGCAUUUAUAACAUGUCGCGUAUAUACAUACAUUCAUAAUACACUUACACAUAUAUUGAGAAUUUCUUCGGUUCCUGGACUUGUUUACGGCGAGUGCGACGAACCCUAGUUACGAAAAAGCAACCUCGAUUCUUGAUUUUCAUCAUUAAGCCGCUCAAACUGGCUACUAUAAAUCACCUCUCCUCUCCAUCUCAUGCUUCAUCAGACCAUUCGAGGAUCAAAUCAGAGGUAUUGUCCCUCCCUUUCUUCUACUCUUGUUCUUCUUUGUUACGAGUAGGCUAGUUACGAGUUUAUGUGAUUGAACUUAGUGGAGUUAAAUUAGUUUAGGAUACGGUUUGGUUUGUGGAACUGAUUCUGUUUGAAGUUUGGAUCUAUUAGAGUUGUUGUAACAAAGUUUAGAACUCAGACUGAUUUUUUGUCUGUUUCAUUAAUUUUAUUUUGCAGAUGGACUCAACAUCAACUCUUGGCCGAGAAAGCAGUAACAAAGAUGAUGAAGGAGAAACUCAAACACCGACUAGUGUGGGCAAGAGGAAAGAAACUCCGCCAACCAGUGGAGCAUCAUCUCAACCGAUCAAAGUGAAGCGUCUCCUCCCGACAAGAUCAGAUGUUUGGGAACAUUACACAAGAACUCCAGAAGAUCGAGAUAGGUGUAUAUGCAAUCACUGCCAGAACUCAUUCUCGUGUCUCACCUCCUCAAGAACAUCAAAUCUGAAGAAACAUCUUGAAGUAUGCAAGAACCAUCAUGCUUGGUUAGCUGGACAGAAAAAUAAGCAGCCCGUUAUUGAUGAUGAGGGGAAACUUAAGAAGGCAAAGGUGACUGAAGCUCAGUUUAGAGAAGCUACCAAUCAAAUGCUGGUAAUAGGGCAAUUGCCUUUAUCAUUUGUUGAGAGUGCAGCAUGGAAACAUUUCGUAGAGAAGGUAAAUUCCCUGCUUCUCUAAUCUUUAUGUUUUUUUUCUGUUAUCAUUUGUUGUAACUAAUAUAAUAUGUUUCCUGUUUGUAGACAACCUUGUUCACUCCUCUUUCAAGAAGAACCGCACGUAAAGACAUUGUGAAGAUGUAUGUGGCAAGGAAAGAAGCACUCAAGAAAUGGUUCAUAUCUAGCCAGCAACGAGUAUCUCUGACUACAGAUAUUUGGGUUUCCCAAACAACAGGUUAGCUAUAAUCUUUUAAUCACUACGACAUGUUAUUUGUUAUCUGAAACUGACAUAUUAUUUUUUGUAAAUUUUAUUUAGGUGCGAGUUAUAUGGUUGUGACAGUGCACUUCAUUGAUUCUUCUUGGCGUUUGAAGAAGCUGAUCAUAGGAUUCAAACAUAUCAUGGAUCACAAAGGUCAGACUAUAUCAACUGUUCUUCUCGACUGUUUGUCUGAAUGGGGAAUAGAUAAGGUUUUCUGCGUAACAGUAGAUAACGCUACUGCCAAUAGUUCUGCUUUGAGGAAGUUUCAGACUACUUAUGCUAUGGUUUCAGAUGAGGCUUUUGUUUUAGAUGGAGAGUUUUUACACAUGCGUUGUAGUGCUCAUAUCAUUAACUUGAUAGUUAGAGAUGGAAUGGCUGAAAUAGAUCAGAAUGUGGUGGCCAUCCGUAAUGCGAUCUCCUACGUUAGAUCACACACUAACAGAUUGAGGUCUUUUGAGCUGAAAGUUGAUGCCGGUAAGAUUACAAGAGGAAGCUUGCCAUUGGAUGUGAAGACAAGGUGGAAUUCAACCUAUCUAAUGUUGACAACAGCUCAGAAGUUCAAGGUGGCUUUCAAUAGGAUGGAGACAGAAGACAAGCUCUACAAUGAUCACUUCUAUGAGCUUGAUAAUGGAGUCAAAAGGACAGGACCUCCUCAGCCAAGGGAUUGGAAUGCGGUUGAUAAGCUGUGUCGGUUUCUCAUGAUUUUCUACAACUCGACGUUGGUGGUUUCAGCUUCAACUUCACUCAACUCGCAUAAGUGCUAUGGUGAGAUAGUGACUAUCGCGACCAAUCUCAGAAGUCUCUCUACCAGCCAUGAUCCUGAUUUGAAGUCAAAGGCAACAGAGAUGCUGAAGAAGUUUGACAAAUACUGGGAUGGUGUGAAGAACAUUAACAAGAUGUUAAUUGUGGCUACUGUGUUCGAUCCAAACAAUAAGUUGGAGCUUGCAAAGAUGUGUUUUGAGGAGUUAUAUGGGCUGAAUAGCAUUGAUUAUAAUGACAUGUUGGAGUCGUUGAUCACUCUGUUGAGAAGUUUGUACAAGGAGUACAGUGCAAGACAUGGAGGCGGUUUACAUCCAAAUGAUCAGGCAUCUCAGUCAUCCGAGCAAGUUCAGACUCAGAGUAGGAACCAGAGUAUUGAGAGGAUGUAGCUUGUUGAUGAUUAUGUGGGUUACAAGAGGAUGGAUGUUAGGUACAAGCAGAAAUUAAGCGAAAUGGGAGUUAGAGAAAAGAAGGAUGAGUUGGAAACUUACCUCAGAGAAUCUGUGGAAACCCCUGAUCUGAUGCUUGGAGUGGAGUACGAUGUACUCUCAUGGUGGAGAAAGAACACGUCUAAGUUCCCUAUCUUGUCUGAGAUUGCCCGAGAUGUGUUAGCCUUACAGGUUUCUUCAGUUGCUUCGGAGAGUGCAUUUAGCACUAGUGGAAGGCUUCUUGAACCACAUAGGAGUUGUCUUACACAUUACAUGGUUGAGGUUCUAAUGUGUACUGAGCAGUGGCUGAAGCAAGACAUCAAGAUGGAGUCAAGAGUGCUUUCAAAUGCGCAGAUACUUGCUGAUCUUGAAGACAUGGACAAGCUUGAAAGAGGUAAUAUCAAGAAUUUCUAUCUUUAAUUCUUGUACUACUUUGACUGUGUAAUAAUGGUUUUUACUCUCUUUUCAGAGUUUGGGGACAACACAAUUCCAGAAGAUGACAAUGCCAUGGCGUGAAGCAUGAGAAGAGAAGUUCAUGAAGCAUGAGAGGAGAAGUUCAUGGCUUUCAUCCGUUGAAGAAUCUUGUUUUAGUUUGCUAUCUGUUUCUUGUUUUAAGUUUGCUUUCUGUUUCUUAUUGAACUUAUGCUAUCUAUUUUCAGUUUGGUGUGUUUCAAGUUGAACUUAUGUUAUGCUAUGAUAGCUUUGCUAUCCAUUUUGCUUUCAAUGAAAAAUUUUCGGAUACGUAUGGGUUUUAUCGGUUAUCUUUGGUUAUAUAUAGUUUAUUUCGGUUCUUUGGUUAUUUUUUUUUAGGUUAUCUUUGGUUAAAAUUCGAAACCGAAUCGAUUUUAAUACGGUUUCGGGUUUAAGCGGAUUUUGAAUUAUAAAACCGUACCGAUCCGAACCCGGUUAGUUCCGAACCGGUCCCGUACCAAAAUUCUACAAUAACCGAAUGGGACUUAUAUGCUAAGAUCCGAAAAACCGAAAAACCGAUUAGACCGAACCGAACCCGAAUGGGGGACCGAAGGCCCAGGCCUAUGAAACACCAUAUGAGGCAUAUAUAUACACUAAUCUUCAUUUCCAUGGAGAUUUACAAAACCAUUGUAUACUCUUAGACAACAAAACAUGGCCAUGGAGGAGUAUUUUGAAGAGUGAAUGUUUGAGAUACCUACUAGAACUUAAAUGAUUAUGAAAAUUUAUAAUGACACAAUUUAUUGACGAACAAUAAGAAAAAAUUAACCGUAAGGUAGAGUGACAAGUCUAUCAAUACUUCAAAGACCCUCUGCACUUAUCCAUUCAAGCGGAGAAACAUAUCGAAAAUUCGACCAAUACAUAUUUAUCCCAAGAUACUUGGCACCAUACAUAAAGAAGCCAUGGACAAAAGAAAAAGCAUAUAUACCACUAUGUUAGGCGAAGCUAAGACAAUGGUGGAAAUCAUGCUUGACAACCAUAUCCACAAAGAAUUGCAGCCAUAGCCGAUCUUCAGAAUUAAUAGAUUAGAUGCAAAAAAAUAAAUAAUGUGGUCACUUUUGAGAGAA